AUGGAAAUCAUUGUCAUCGGCGCCGGCCUCGCUGGCCUGACCGUCGCCAUUGCCCUGCAGCAGGCGGGCCACAACGUCAUCGUUCUCGAGAGCGCCCCGCAAAUUACCUACAUUGGCGCCGGCAUCCAGGUCUCGUCCAACUCGUCGCGCAUCUUGCGCCGGCUCGGCGUCGACAAGCACAUUGCGCCCUACUGCACGGAGCCCGUCGACCUGCGCAUGAUGCGGUGGCAGGACGGCCAGGUGCUGGUCGAGUGCCCGCUGCAGCAGCCGGCGCUCGACGAGUACAAGAGCCCCUACUGGCACAUCCACCGCGCGGACCUGCACCGCGGCCUGAUGGCGCGGGCGACGGAGCUGGGCAUCGCCGUGCGCCUAGACAGCCGCGUGCAGACGGUCGAGCCGGACGUGCCCGCCGUGACGACCAAGGGCGGCGUGCGGCACACGGCGGACCUCGUCGUGGCGUCGGACGGCCUGCACUCCGUCUGCCGCGAGGUCGUCCUGGGCCACACGAGCCCGCCCAGCCCGACAGGCCAGAUGGUGUACCGCGUGACCGUGCCCACGCGCAAGCUGGCGGGCAUCCCGCAGCUCGAGGACCUGGUGGCAGUCCCGCGCAACAACCACUGGAUCGGCCCGCACGCCACCGUGCUGUCGUAUCUGCUGCAGGGCGUCAACGAGCCGCUGGUCAACUUUGUCUUUACGUGCGACGCCACCACCCUGCCCGACGGCGUCAACACCCAGAUCGGCACCGCCGACGACGUGCGCGCGCGCUUCCGGGACUGGGACCCGCGCCUCGACGCCAUGCUCGCGCACGUCGACGAGGUCCUGUCGUGGCGCCUCUUCACCCACCACGAGAUCCCCCGCUGGGCCCACGCCGCCCACCGCCUCGUCCUCAUCGGCGACGCCGCCCACGCCAUGACGCCCUACCUCGCCCAGGGCGCCGCCAUGGGCAUCGAGGACGCCGCCGUGCUCGCCGGCGUCCUGGCCCAGCCCGACUUUGCCGCCGUCGACCGCCUGCCCGCCGCCCUCCAGCUCUACGAGGCCCUGCGCAUCAAGCGCGCCGCCCGCGUCGCCGAGGCGUCCAUCACCAGCCGCUACUUUACGCAGAUGCGCGACGGCCCCGAGCAGCAGGCGCGCGACGCCUGGAUGCUCGCCCACCCGGGCAUCCAGGAGGGCCACAUCAACAUCCGCUCGCGCAAGGAGUUCCUCGACGAGCUGUUUGGCUACGACGCCUACGCGGCACUCAACGAGGCGCUGCAGACGGCGCGCGCGGGCAGCGUUGCCGACGUCAAGGCGCAGGUCGGCACGUCGUCGGUGUCGGCCAUUCCGGUGGAGGCAUAA